GUAACCUUGACUACUAGUUCACUGGCGGUCCCCGUUAUCCUGUACACUUGCAGGUAACUACUUUGCCUCAUAACCACAGGUUUCUUUGGAAUGGGCUGUUGAGUUGCUAGUUCCUCUCUCCAGGAUGACGUCGCGUCUUGUUCUGGUCAUUGGUGACCUCUUUAUUCCUGAUAGAGCUCCGGAUCUUCCGGCUAAGUUUCGGAAACUCUUAACGCCAGGCAAGAUCGGCCAGAUUCUCUGUCUGGGCAACCUGACCGACCGAAGUACAUUUGAAUUCCUCCGUGGUAUCGCUCCCGAUCUGCAAUUGGUCAAAGGUGAUUUCGAUGUCGACUCUCCCAAUCUACCCCUCUCAAAAGUGGUGACCCACGGAAGCCUCCGUAUUGGUCUUACCCAUGGCCACACCAUCAUCCCGCCGGGUGACGCCGAAGCCCUGCUUAUCGCCGCACGUCAGAUGGAUGUUGAUAUAUUACUAUGGGGUGGUGCGCACCGCUUCGAUGCCUUUGAAAUGGAGGGAAGAUUCUUUAUCACCCCAGGAAGUGCAACGGGCGCUCUGAGUACCGGGUAUUGGCCCGAAGGAGAGGAACCAACACCGAGCUUUUGUCUGAUGGACAUUCAAGGUGACGUCCUUGUGUUGUAUGUCUACCAACUCAAGACAGACGCCAAUGGUGUUGAAACCGUCGCGGUCGAAAAGGUCUCGUUCCGCAAGAACUCCGUUCAAUCAUGAGUUAACGCUUCGUAAUAUUUGCUUGUAUAUAUGUCAUAGAAACAGCCACGAUCAUGACCUCCUAAUUGUAUGUGACUUGAAUUUACCUAGCUUUCCCCAACUGACCUACGCCUUGAAUUUGAUGAUGGAACGGAUUUUUCCGGACCCUUGUGAGUUGCCUGCAUUGGUUCCC